GAACCAUUGUGGACUAUCCCAAAAUCCGGAGUGCGUUUUCGAGACAUCACUCCGUUACUCCAAAACCCGGAAUCUUUCCGAUUCGGCAUUGACCGCCUAUACCAAAGAUACCAAAAUACCGAACUCGAUGGAUUGGUCGCGCUGGAUGCCCGCGGAUUCCUGUUUGGAUCAACAUUAGCCUAUUUGCUGGGCGUUCCGCUCAUUCCUGUUCGUAAAACGGGGAAACUGCCUGCCGAAACCGUCAGCACCGACUACCAACUGGAAUAUGGCUUGAACAGUCUGGAAAUGCAUGUCGAUGCACUCGACGAAGCCACGCGGGUGGUCAUCAUUGAUGAUUUGAUUGCGACCGGGGGCACGAUGUGUGCAGCCGUUGAACUCAUCAGUCAGCUCGGCGGAGAAACCAUUGAAUGCGCAGUCAUCAUUGAACUGGUUGACCUGGAUGGAAGGGCAAAAUUAUCUCCUGUUCCUUUGUACAGCUUGGUUUCGUUUCACGAAGAUGAAGCGUGA